AAAAAUGAAAUAUACUAUCAUGGAUUAGUGUAAAACUCAAAUUUUUCAAGUGAAUUAUGUUGUUGAGUGAUAGUUUUUGUUUUAAAUAUUUUAAGUGUUUAAAUAAAACAAUAAAUAAAUAAGUUAAAAUUACAUAAAUAAAAGACCCAGAUAAGUUGAAUACCCGUAAAAUAAAGAUGUCGUAUCAGGGAUCUCCAUAUUCGUCUGCGUACCAUCAUGAUGAAUUUGACUUUGAAGAUGAUAAAUACCAUGAUUAUGAAAACGAUCGUGAAAAUGAUGAACCCCACGAUGAAAGCGAUGAAGAUACAGAAGAAGCUAGUGAAACAGACAUGGGGCAUCAUGAAGAACCUCUCGAAAUCAAAGAACAGAUGUAUCAAGAUAAAUUAGCAAGUUUAAAAAAACAAUUACAACAAUUGAAAGAUGAAACGCAUCCUGAAUAUAAUCGACGUGUUCGUCGCCUGGAAAGCCAGUGCGAAGAACGCAGACGAUUGAAUGCUAUUUACAGAGAGUAUAUGAUGGAAUGCGCUGAAAGAGAAUAUACUAAAGAAACAAUAUCAGCAGCUAAGGAGUUAGAGGAAAAGAAAAAUGAUUUGCGAGAAAAUAUUCUUGCUGAUUUGGAAGAGAAACGUCGAAUGAUUGAAUCUGAACGUCAUUCAAUGGAAUUAACUGGUGAUUCAACGGAGGUAAAACCUGUAAUGACAAGAAAAUUACGACGGCGGCCAAAUGAUCCAGUUCCUGUACAAGAGAAGCGACGUAAACCAACAACAUCUCAAGUUGUUUUUCUUUUAGAUGAAAAAGAAGUUGAAAAUGAUAUUAAAGCUAUUUCAAGAGGAAAAGUAGUUACACCAACUAUACGGAAACCUGUCACAGUUAUUCCACCUCCAACGCCAUCACCAGUUCCAACACCACCUAUCGAACAACCUUUGGUAGAAACAAGAAUUGAAGAUGGUAAACUUUUGUAUGAACGUCGAUGGUUUCAUCGAGGCCAAUCAGUUUAUGUUGAGGGUAAAGAUAUGCCACGUUUCGCAGGCAAUAUUUCAGCAAUAGCAACAGAAGCUAUUUGUGUCAAGAAAGUUUCUGACGGUAGUAAAGUACGCAUAUAUUUAACACAAUUAACUCGUGGAAAAAUAUUAAUUAAAAGAAGAGCACCUUAAUUUUUUAAUAUAUUAUAUAAAUGUUUUUAAUAAGUG